AGGUUUGCUUACGCCAUUGUCCAAUCACAAUCGGGUCUAGUCUCACUUUCGGGAUCACUUUGACCGGUACAUUGCCCUCGAAGGGGGAAAGGUUCAUUUUCGGAGGAAAAAUGUCCAUGUUUAGAACAGUUACGGCGCGGCUUUAUGCCCCAACAAAGCCACUGAUUCCAAGGUUCAGUAAUGGCCUCAGGAAAUAUGCAACACAGUCACAAACGGAUCUCAAGGAGAUCCUUGCGGCAAUGAUCCCGGUGAAACAGGAAGAAAUCAAGAGCUUUAGGAGUCAGCAUGGUGCCAGCAAGAUCGGGGACAUCCAGGUCGACCAGCUGUAUGGUGGCAUGAGAGGUAUGAAGUCCAUGAUCUGCGAGACAUCUGUCCUGGACCCUGAGGAGGGUAUCCGGUUCCGUGGCCUGAGUAUCCCAGAGUGCCAGAAGGUCCUGCCCACGGCUCAGGGUGGGGAGGAGCCGCUUCCCGAGGGUCUGUUCUGGCUACUGGUGACAGGAGAGGUCCCUACGCAGGCACAGGCGGAGUGGUUAUCGCGACAGUGGGCGGACAGAGCGGACCUCCCGUCCCACGUGGUCACCAUGCUGGACAACUUCCCCGGCAACCUCCACCCCAUGUCACAGUUCAGCGCCGCCAUCUCAGCGCUCAACAGCGAGAGCAUGUUUGCCAAGAAGUAUGCAGAAGGCGUGCACAAGUCCAAGUACUGGGAGUUUGCCUAUGAGGACAGUAUGGACCUUAUCGCAAAACUGCCGACUGUAGCAGCCAAAAUCUACCGUAAUCUUUACCGCGACGGUUCAAGCAUCGGCGCCAUUGACCCAGAGAAGGACUGGUCGGCAAACUUCACGUCGAUGUUGGGAUAUGAGGAGCCCAUGUUCACAGAACUGAUGAGGUUGUACCUUACCAUCCACAGCGACCACGAGGGAGGUAACGUCAGCGCCCAUACCUGCCACUUGGUAGGAAGUGCGCUGUCCGACCCGUACUUGUCUUUUGCUGCUGCCAUGAACGGGCUAGCGGGACCCCUUCACGGGCUCGCAAACCAGGAAGUGUUGGUAUGGCUGACCAAGCUACAGGAGGACCUGGGAGGGGAGGUAUCUGAUGAACAGCUGAGGGAUUUCAUCUGGAACACACUUAAGGGUGGACAGGUUGUUCCUGGUUACGGCCAUGCGGUGCUGCGUAAGACGGACCCCCGCUACACGUGCCAGCGGGAGUUCGCCCUGAAGCACCUGCCUGAUGAUCCCAUGUUCAAACUGGUGUCUCAGCUGUACAAGAUUGUGCCUGGAGUGCUGCUGGAACAGGGGAAGGCUAAGAACCCCUGGCCCAACGUGGACGCUCACAGUGGUGUGCUGCUGCAGUACUAUGGCUGCAAAGAGAUGCAAUACUACACCGUGCUGUUCGGAGUGUCUCGCGCCCUCGGCUGCCUCGCCUCUUACAUCUGGAGCCGCGCCCUGGGCCUUCCGCUGGAGCGACCCAAGUCCAUGUCCACCGAGGGGCUGAAAAAGCUGGUCGGAGCACAAUAACCACGCUUCACCGCAGACAUAGAAAGACAGAGAGCAAAUACAAUGUCUUUGUAGAAGUCCAUAUUUCUUUCUUCACACCUCCAAAGUCUUCAGCCAGAAACUCUUCCCAUUUGUAAUACUCUUAUAAAUAAUACCAUUUGCUUAUGACGGAUAAAUGUUGAAGACAGUGGUCAUGUACAAUGUAGAUGGCUGAGCUGAAUGUAGAUGGCUGAGCUGCUGGUGGUAGAAAAAUUGCUGCUGGGAAAAUGCCAUGGCUUCUUGUGUUAUCUACAUUACCCUGUUCCCCCAUAUCUUUUGUGGAUUAUACCCCAUUCCUUGCUGCAUUUAACUUAGACCACCACUCGACGUUGUGUAAAAACGCAGUAGAUGAAUAUGCACAUCAUACUUUUGUGUCUGAAAGAUACUGUGCACAAAAGACGAAAAACAUUUUAAAGAUGCUUGUUCAGAUAUUGUAUUAUACACACUUGUAUUCAGCUAGCUCUUGGUAGUUCAGUGAGAAAAUUCUAAUAUAUGGCAGACUGGUCUUUGGAGGUUUUGAAAGAAAUAUUGAAUUUCAAGACAUUGAGAAUGGAUCACAUAGCUAAUAGAAAAUGGCUGAUUUUCGUGUACGUGACUCUAUCUUUAAUAUGUGAGCUGGGAUAUUUUAUCUUGUGCCUGUGAACGUGGCUGACUACAGGGUGUUUUGAGAUAUUUUGUUGAUAUUCUCUUUCCUCCCUGAAGCUUUCAAAACACAUCUUUACUGUACAUAUUAUGAAAAAAGGGUCUAAAAGUGAGCAGUGAUAUUUUAUCAGUUAGACUACAGGAAGUGGUGGAAAUGAAGUCAAUUUCUAAUCAAACCACCCUGGUAGACAGCCUUUGAUCAUUUUUGUCAUAUGCAACAAAACUUAGCAUUUUCAACAUUCAAACAGAUGCAAAGAACACAAAAUAGCUAUCUCAUUAUAGUGAAGACCAGGCAAAGCAACGGAAAGUUUAGCUGUGUGAAGUUUUAAUGAAUGGAUAAAUUAUAUCAUCGCAAGGGACUUUUUUUUUUACUGUUGAAUACUGAAUAUGUCAUACAUAUAAUGUAAUACUGUGAAUAACUGAACCUCACACACAGUCACAAGUAUACUAUGUAUUUAUAGCAAAUUAUAUCCAUACAUUUUAAGAUUUUCACCCUGUUGAACACGGAUAAAGCAAAACUGUCUUUGGUAUGAACAUCCCCACCCUUAGCUCAUUUUACUUUUUUUUUUAUAUAUCUACUCCAACCAGUAAGAAAAUUUUGACAUUAGCCAUAUUAAUUUUGAUGUCCCAAUAGUAAAAAGCACUGCAGUGGAAUUUGUGUGGAAUUAUAUGUGAUGGUAACAAUUUGAGUAUUUUUUUCCUAUCCCCAUCAGAAAGGUUUUUUACUCUGGGAACAAGUAGAAGGAUUUUAUCAUGUCUAGACUGUCCUUCCCAGAGUAAGAAAACUGCAUGUUGGGGUCCCUUUCAUUCUUGAUGAGAAACACUCUGGGAGUCCAGAUGAAAAUAAAGAGCUACAUUUUGUUCUUAGGUUUCGGAAAGUCUCCCGUGUUUUGUAAAGAUGUUAAACUACGAAGUGGUCUUUCACAUGUACAUGUCAGCUGUCUAAAUAUUGUGGGAAUAAACAGGCCUAGUGUCUCAC